UUAGUUUAGAGAGAGGAGAGAGAAGAAAGAACGUAGGCUCCGUUUCUUAUUUUCUCUCUCCCCUUUUCUUCCAUCCAACCCAAGCAGUCUUUGAUCGAUCGAUCGAUCCUGAGCUUCCGCAUAACACGCUUUAAGAUCGAUCCUUACUGUGACUGAGUCAGUCUUCUCUUUCUCUCUCUUCCUCUUGUCUUGUUUCUAUCAGGGAAUCAAAUGAGAAAGCUACUCUCUGAUUAGGUUUAUAUAUAUGUGUGUGUAGAGAGAGAAAGAUAUUUGUUGAAUUGUGGUUUUAGAGAGAGAGAGAGACGAUGGAUGAUUUGGUGGGUUCAUCUGGAUCGUUGAUGAAAAACACAGCCACAACGACUUCUGAUCUGUCUUCAUCUUCUUGGUCGAUAUUUGUCAAUUAUCCUCUCAUUUCUGCUCUCGUCGCCUUCGCUAUCGCCCAAUUCAUCAAGUUCUUCACCACCUGGUAUAAGGAAAGACGAUGGGAUCUCAAGCAACUUAUUGGAUCUGGUGGGAUGCCAUCUUCCCAUUCUGCAACUGUCACUGCUCUUGCUGCAGCCGUUGGUUUCUAUGAUGGAUUUGGAGGAUCACUGUUUGCAACUGCAUUGAUCUUAGCAUGUGUUGUGAUGUAUGACGCAUUUGGUGUAAGAUUACAUGCUGGUCGCCAAGCAGAGGUUUUGAAUCAAAUUGUAUAUGAACUUCCUGUUGAACAUCCUCUGGCUGAGAGCAGACCACUACGUGAACUUCUUGGGCACACCCCGCAACAGGUUAUUGCUGGUGCGUUGUUGGGACUUGUCACAGCAAUAAUCGGUUACGUGAUCACUGGGUCUAGUAAGCAAGCUUGAUCAGCACAGGUUGAUGCCCUCUGGCAGUUUCUGUAACCGUUGAAUCUCCUCAGAUGCCAGGAAUCAGGAUUGCAACUUGCCAAUCUUGUCAUAGAAGUGUUCUCAAAUCCGAAUUUUGAUUUGGGUAUUGUGCAUAAUUCAAUUAGCUUAUUCUUGUAUUAAGUGACCUUUUCAUUUAACAAUAGUACAUUAAAGAUGCAUUAUAUUCGAUUACAAAUUUUUAUGCAAUGAAAAAGUUGAGCAAUGAUUAUUACUUGAUU